AUGGAAGUCAAAAUGGCAUACAACUACAGAGUUUUACUUAUUAACACAAACUAUUCAAUAGUCAAUUAUUUGUUAUGCAAAAAUUGGAGUAGUCAAUAUGAGUACAACAUCUUAAUGAUUAACACAGAAACAGAUGGGUACUCCAAACCAAAUUUCAAUUUCAAAGCGAAUGAUGACUAUGUUAAUGAAACACAUAUGAGAUGGAUUGUUGACAACUUUGGUAAAACAGAAAGCAAACGAAAUUAUGAAAUUCAAAUGAAAAGUUGUGUGAAUGCAAUUUCUGGUAUUAUUUCAUUUGCUGGAUACCAACUUGACAGACCAAAAGUAUUCCCAUCACUCAACUAUUUUGGAGCAUCCGUUCCUAUAUGCAAAUACACUGAGCAUCUCACUGCUAGUGAAAUUGAGACGAAAAUUGAUUCGACGAUGUUUGUUGAGACUUUCAGAGUGUAUUUCGAGAGGAUGAGAGAGCAAGAGCGAUAUUAUAAACAAAACAGUAUCAUGUCUAAUGCAAUUUUUGAGAUCUUAAGAGAUCGAAUAGGACAAAAUUUCAAAGAAAUUUGUGUAACAAAUAUUGAAGGGUUAUCAAAUGAUUUUAUGAAAGAAAGAUAUGACCAAUUUGUUGGGAUAUAUGCAGACUGUGUCACAUUAAAUAACGAUGACGAGUCGUUUGUAGUCAAUAAAACGGUAAAUGGAUUUGAAGUGAAGGCGAAACUUGGUGAAAAUGCCGUUGGAAAUCGGUUGACGUUUAAUUACGUCUUUAAUAAAAAGUAUGAUAAAAUGGGACUUUCUUUCGACCACGGAAAAUGUGUGAAGAAUGAGAACAAUGUGUUUGUGUGGACUUAUAAAGACUAUAAAGCAUUUGAUCAUACCGAAGAACUGAAUUAUCAAUUCGAACAGAAGGACAUUAACCUCCCAAAAGACUUAAUUGUCAUGAUAUCUUAUAUUGGUAAGAUGGAAUUGUACUACGACUUAAUCAAUAAAAAAGUUGAAGAAGACAUUAAGCACGAAAGAAUGGUAAAUGAACACAAUAGAAUACAAGAAAUGGAAAGAUUGGAAAGAGAAGAAUUUUAUGGCAACAUGGAAUUACUUUCUUUAAAAAUUCUUAAAAAAAAUUGUGGGUGUGAGAAAAAGUGCAAAUGUGAAGGCAGUGAAGCGAUCACGUGUGGGUGCUGCUGCCAAGACGGGAAGUGCUGCUGUGACUUCAAAUGCAAAUGUGGUGCUGAAGGGAAGUGUGAGUGCGGCUGUUGCUGCAAAGAGGGAAAGUGCCAAUGCAAGACAUUUGCAACUGGGAUGACCAUCACUUGUGAAUGCUGCUGCGAAGGAUGCAAAUGCACAUGUGAGUGCAAAUGUGGAGAGAAGAAGGUGUGCCAAUGCCAGAAAGAAGCAUCAAGUGGGUGCUGUUGUGGAAAGACAUGCUAA